AGAGAGGGAGCGACAGCGAAUCCAAACGAGCAGCGGCGAAGCCUCGCACACGAGCGAGGCAACCACGAUGAAUCGGGUCUACCAGGUCCAGGUGUUCGGGAUUUCGGAGGAGGUGAAGACGGUCGACCUGUGCCACACCGAGGAGCAGAUGCGGAGAAUGACCGUGCUGCAGCUGAGGCAAAAAGUGGUCGAGAAGUUUCCAGGGCAGAGUGAGGGGGAUUUGAGGAUGAUCUUCACAGACAAGUUUAUGGAUGAUGACUCUUCCCUGGUGUGUGAAUAUGGGAUCCAGCACAAGUCUGUCAUCCGGCUGGUGCUGAGGGUUCCAGGAGGACUGGCAGCUUGAGAGACAGAGGGAGAGAGACGGAGACACCCCCCCCCAUCAUCAUCAUCAUCAUCAUCAUCAUCGUCUCCUCCUGCUGCUACUGCUUUAUGUCACAUGCUAUGUGCACAUCCUGUUUACUCUUAAAGAUGUUUGAAAAGAAAAUUGCUGCUAUAGCAAAAUAAAUGAACGUCUCUCUCAUUGCUUAGCUGCGUAUCUAUUUUAAUACAACAUCAGCGAUGCAGUUUUUUUUAAAUUAAAUAAUGGAUUAUCUAGGACCAAAUGUAAUUCAUCACAUUUGAGACUUCUUGUUUACCCCUGUGUGUGUGUGUGUGGGGGGGUAUACAAAAGCAAAACGUCCAGGAUGUGACACGUAACAGGCUACACACACAUUCAAUUACAGAAAUGUUUGUUUGAAACAUUUCAAAUGUUAUUACUUACAUAGGAAGACUUUCUUUGGUUGCUUUUCGCCCCUUUUUUCUUAUCCUAUGUAUUUGUCGUUACAUUGCAUGGCUUUUAUGGGCUACCAUCAUUUAAUGACUUCAAAUAAAAAGCAUU